AUGACCAUGACGGGCCGUGAGCUGCUCGCCAAGGCGUUCACCAACGACCCUUUGGCCAACGUCCUCUCGUGCGAGGCCGAGUUCGACCGCCACCUCAAGCAGCACCCGCAAGACAUCAACUUCGUCGCCACGCUCAGCAAGCCCGGUGAAGGCUAUGGCUUCGUCAUCUGCAUGGAGGAUUCCUGCUUCACCGAGAUCCCGCUCUCGGUGCACCCGACCGAGCCCCGCGGCGGCAUCGACAGGGGCUUCGGCUGCCUCGUCGCCUACUCGGACCACAUCAACAAGCACGACGGCCACAAGAAGGCUCGCGACAUCCGCGUCGCCAAAGAGGCGAUCGUCAAGUCGGAGGCGCCGCCCAAGUCGUGGACGCCCAAGGUCAAGAUCGCGAGCUCGCAGCCGUCGAGCGACGCCGAGGGCUCCCGCUCGCACGACAAGGACCGCCAGUACCAGCUCUCGUCAAGCUCGGACCUCCAGAUGGGCCUGUCGUCGAGCGCGAUCCGCAAGAAGCGCAAGUCGCACGAGCUCAAGCCUCGCUCGUCGGCCGGCGACUUCUUCGUCGACAAGAAGCCCAAGCUCGGCGACGCUGCUCGCCUCCCCAAGGCCAACGCCAAGCCCAUCGAGUCGAUCGUCCUCGCCGACCGCAAGAACCAGGCGUCGCCGACCGCCGCCGCCGCCGGUGCCGCUGCCGGCCAGGCCCUCAACCCGGCCGAGCAGCACGACCUCGCCAAGACCAAGCGCGCCGUCGAGCGCUGGGAGACGACGAUCAAGUCGCUCCGCGCCGAGCCCGAGGCGUCGCACGGCGCUGCGUGGCGCGAGGAGAUGCUCGAGGCCGAGAACGAGCUCGCGCCGCUCCGCACCAAGGUCCGCGCCUACGAGGCCCGCGUCGCCGCCGCUGCGGCCGCCGUCAAGGCCGCUGCGCUCGUCGACGCCCUCCAGGCGCGCAAGCAGGCCGACCUCGUCCUGCGCGGCUACUCGUGCACGGCCGGCGCGCCCGACGACGUCCGCAACCUGUUCCUCGAGCGCCCCGAGUACGCCUGCGCGAUGCACCCCGAGUGGGUCAAGCCGGUGUCGGGUCCUGUCGCAGGUCCCUCGGGCGGGCGCAUCGGCGCGGCCGACGACGGCGGCGCCGACAGCGACGAGGAGCGCAUGUGGGGCCAGCUCGCGCCCGUCAAGGGCAUCGCCGACUUCGACCGCUUCAUCAAGGCGGCCCUCGAGGGCGAGGGCUUCGAGGGCAACGCCAACGUCCAGAAGGCGUGCGAGUCGAUCGGCAUCGCCCACAUGAACGAGAUGGUGCCGCACAUGACGUGCACGCUCCUCCCGCACCAGAUCAUCGCCUGCGCGUGGACCAUCGACAAGGAGCGCAGCAAGACGUACGGCGGCAUCUUGGGCGACGAGAUGGGCCUGGGCAAGACGAUCGAGGCCAUCGCGACGUGCCUGCUCAACGAGUCGCGCGACCCGAAGGAGAAGACGACGCUCGUCGUCGCGCCGCUCGCCCUCCUCGCCCAGUGGCGCGCCGAGCUCGAGGAGAAGGUCGAGCCGGGCUACCUCAGCAUCCUCACCUACCACGGCGCCGACCGCAAGAAGCUCCGCAAGAAGGAGAUCCUGCGCUACGACUUUGUGCUCACGACGUACGGCACGCUCGUCGCCGACUACGAGGACGACGAGGCGCUCGAGAAGGCGGCCAAGCGCGAGGCCAAGAAGGCCGGCGAGCCGAACGCGUGGGAGGGCUACCUCAAGGCGUCCAAGGGCACCGGCCCCAUGUUCGAGCUGUCGUUCUACCGCAUCAUCCUCGACGAGGCGCAGCAGAUCCGCAACCGCGGGACCAAGGUCUCGCGCGCCGUCACCCGCCUCGACGCCCUGUUCCGGUGGGCCCUCACGGGCACGCCGGUCACCAACUCGCUCGCCGACCUGUUCCCGCUGUUCCGGUUCCUGCAGCUCAAGCCGUGGUACGAGUGGAAGUACUACUCGGACAGCGUCGUCAGCUGGGAGAAGAAGAAGCCGGACGCUGCGGGCCGCAAGGCUCAGACCAUCCUCCGCACCUGCAUGCUACGCCGCAAGAAGGACUCGAAGCUCGACGGCAAGGAGCUCAUCUCGCUCAAGGAGAAGCACAUCCACCUGCACGAGCUCGAGUUCUCGCCCGAGGAGCGCGAGAUCUACGAGAUGGUCGAGACGCGCGCCCAGGAGAAGUUCAACAAGUUCCUCAAGGCCGGCACCGUCAUGAAGAACUACGCCAACGUCCUCCUCCUCCUCCUCCGCCUCCGCCAGGUCUGCUUCCACCCAGCGCUCAUCGCCGACGCCGAGCAGACGCUCGCGAGCAAGGAGGCGGCCAAGCAGAAGGUCAAGGACGAGCUCGUGCGCGCCAAGCAGGAGCUCGGCGCCCCGUUCGUGUCCAAGAUCCGCCGCUCGCGCCUCGAGGCCGCCGUCGACCGCGUCAAGACCGAGAGCGAGGGCACAGGCGCCGAGUCGGCCAACAACGACGACUGCCCGCUGUGCCUCGAGGACAUUCUCGCGAGCGAGAACGGCGCGAGCAUCAGCCGCUGCGGGCACAGCUUCUGCACGCUCUGCAUCACGGCCGUCAUCGACGAGCCCGUCAUCGACGACCAGGACGACGAGGGUCCCGCCAAGCGCUGCAAGCCCGACCAACGCCCAUGCCCGAUCUGCCGCGGCCCUGUCGGCCUCAAGGACCUGUUCGACCUCGCGGCGUUCGAGCCGACCGACGAGGAGAUCUGCUCGGCGACGGGCCAGGACCUCGUCAUGGACGAGGACGACGACAUCGACGAGACGCUCGGCGGCUUCAUCGUGCCCGACGGUGACGAGGGCGACGACGAGUUCGGCAAGGCCGUCCAGAAGCGCAAGCCCAAACAGCCCAACCGCGCCAUCGUCCAAGACUCGGACGACGAGGACGGCGAUACGGCGCAGCAGAGCGAGGCCGAGGAGGAGCCGGCGCCCAAGUCGGCCAACGCCAAGGGCAAGAAGAAGGUCAAGACGGCCGAGCAGAUCCAGUGGGUCCGCGAGCAGGAGCCGUCGACCAAGAUGUUGUGGACCAUGACCGAGCUCGAGCGCAUGUACAAGGAGAACCCGGACGAGAAGGUCAUCGUCAUCUCGUCGUUCGUCGCCGGCCUCGACAUCCUCGACACGUACCUCGGCUCGCAAGGCGUCCGCACGCUGCGCUACCAGGGCGACAUGACGAUCAGCGACCGCGACGAGACGCUCCGCACGUUCCGCAAGUCGAAGAAGCGCAAGGUUCUCCUCCUCUCGCUCAAGUGCGGCGGCGUCGGCCUCACGCUCACGAGGGCGAACCGCGUCAUCUCUCUCGACCUCGCAUGGAGCUCCGCCGUCGAGAGCCAGGCGUUCGACCGCGUUCACCGCAUCGGGCAGGGGCGCGAGGUCCACGUCAACCGCCUGACGAUCGCCAACAGCGUUGAGCAGCGCAUCCUCGACAUGCAGAAGAGGAAGCAGGGCCUCGCCGACGCGUCGAUGGGCGAGGGCUCGGCGCUCAAGAUGGGCAAGCUCACCGUCGCCGACCUCGCCGGCCUCUUCGGCCUGAACGCGCGCGGCGACCGGAUCUGA